AUGUUGGGCGAAAAAGUGCAAUGUGUAAAUACAGAUGCGGCAUUUAGGGCCUCAAGAGGUCAAACCGUACCAGGGGAAGCGCCAAUAGCCUGGCCAUGGCCGGCCGGGGAAUCCUCUGGCUCAACAGCCUCUAGCGCUGAAGACAGCGACCAGAAACCUAACAACAAGCCGUAUAACUACCGAAAGAAGGUCAAGUUAAGCAAUAAGGUCAUCAAAAGGAUACGAUCCAUACAACGGCUUUACAAGCCGUCGGUGACCAUUGACCACAAUGUUGAGAUUUAUGGGCGACUGAAAACAGCCGCCAACCCACAACAAGGACCACCUGUGAAGGAAACUGUUCAUGUAGAAUCUGAUGAUGCAUCUCAAUCCGAAGAACCCAAGGAAUAUGAAGCGACAAAGGCACUUGUCAAGAGCAUAUAUAGAUCUGCUACUGGAGGUGUAUUCAACGAUGCACUAUGGAAGCGAUAUGUAAACAAACUGUCUGUUAUAUGCGGUACUAUGAAGCCAGCAGAUAUAUGCUUGGUGUUGUACUCCUUUGCAAAAGUGCGCUACAAGGACCAACAGCUGCUCAAAAUACUUUCGCCGCUAAUAGUAAGACAUAUUAGCAAUCUUUCUUGUGGAGGAGCAGCGUUAAUACUCAACGCUAUGAAACGCCUGGAAUUGCCCAACUAUGAUAUAAUCGAACUCGCUACGAAUGAGAUAUGCCUCAAAAUGGACCACGCUAACCUUCAGGAUAUCGCACUUACGGCUAAUGCUCUUGCGUUUUUCUCCAUUUAUCACCAACGAUUUUGGAAUAUGCUCACCAAGGCUAUAUCGUUAAGGCAUCACCAAAUAACCCCGCUCCAGGGCUCGUUACUCCUGGCAGCGCUGGCUAAAAUGGACAUACGCAACCCACUGUUGCUCCGGUUACUUAAGGACAAGCUACGUCCGGCAGUUGAGAGAAGUGAACUCGCCCAGGAAUUGCUUACACUCACCUAUCAUUCACUUGCAAAACUCGACUUCGCAGCAAAAAGUUUCUACAACGCUUGUGUCGAAGAGUUCGGACGGUUACUGGACGAGCAUCCGGAAUCGAUAGACACUCAGUCGUUGGUUUUAUACCUUUACACGGCUGUAUGUGUGCUCGACCUCCAGCAUCAGACUAUAGAAAAGAGUUUGAAGCUGCUCUGUAAACGUAAGGAUGUACUGACAAACUACAAGGCUAUUAAGCUGAAAUAUGUGUUUGACUACUUGAAGUACAAACAACCAGCUUUUGUCGAGAAUUUCGACAGUGAUCUAAACGAACUCAAGUCAAAGGUGCAGAAAUACAAACUGCGUAAGGUUAGUGCGAUCAGACGACCGGGGGGACUUUCUAGGUGGUCCUUAGAAGUCUCAAGGAUGCUCAAGGCACACAAUGUUCAUCACGCCAGGAACAUAUGGCUAGACUACGUCCAUGCGGACAUGUACAUCAAGGGGCUCAAAUUAGUCAUAAAGUGUGCCGGGCCGUUCAGCUACUACGCGAUGUCCAAUAAACUCACCGUAUUCAGUCAGAUCGAGGUAGAUACAUUGGUUAUGAAGGGAUUCAAUGUGUGUUUGCUGCCGUACUUCGAAUGGAACGCCCUCGGGACCGACAAGGAGAAGGUUCAAUAUUUGAAGAAGCUAGGAGAAUCAUACGAUGGCUGGGACUUACAGGAGCCCGCGGAGUUACCAAGGCGUAUCGACGUGACCUAA